AUGAUGAUGCCUUUUCUCUGCCUCCUUAAAAUUCCCAAGCAGCAGUGGAUUGUGGGUAAUCCCUUUGCCAAAGUCCCCAUCAGUGCUGGCUUCGGUAAAGUGCAGAUCAAGGGUGAAAAGGGGGCGGGGCCGAGGUUCACACUUGAGAAUUGGAACACCAAUCGAACUAUCACCACUGAAUGGGAACACACAACUGAGGGGCACAAGUGUGAAAGGUUUAAAAGGUGCUGCUUCUUCCCAGCAGCUAAAACUGGGAUAAGUUUACCCACAAAGCAGGAGAAAAUGAAGGGUCUGCUUUCCUGUUGUGGACUCGUAUCGAUGCUUCUGUUGAGCAUUUCAGCCCAAGCUGAGACAUCAGCUCUUCCUGCAGACUGCACACAGAUAAGGACUCAGUCACCACAAUCACCCAGUGGACUUUAUGACCUCCAGCCUGUUGGUGUCAACAAUCGUUUGAAGGUGUUCUGUGAGAUGCGUUCAGCUGAAGGCUGGAUAGUGAUUCAGAAACGGACUGGAGGACUGCUGCCCUUCAACAGAAGAUGGGCUGAAUACAGAUUUGGUUUUGGAUCCUUGGCAUAUGACCACUGGCUCGGUCUGGAGAAGGUUUAUCUUCUGACUAAGGAUGAAACCAAGAAGUGGACUCUGAGAGUGGACCUGUGGGACACUGAAGGAAACACUGCGUAUGCUGAGUACAGGAACUUCAGACUUGGAGAUGAGCAAACAUCUUACAAACUGCAGGUUGGAAAAUACAGAGGAACUGCAGGUGAUGCCAUCCGGGGAAUCUCUCUAGAUAUGGAUGAAAAUGGCUUUGGCUUCAGCACCCUGGACCGGGACAACGACGGCUGCUCUCCCUGCCUCUUCUACGACAUUCUUGUAGAAGAGUGUAUUAUGUUACAGGGUGGUGGUUGGUGGUACAGCAAGUGUGGCUCUGCCAGUCUGAACGGUGACUGGUAUUCUUCUGGGGACCACACAAGUUGGUCUUCAGGCCUUCGAUGGACCACAUGGAAAACUCCUAAAACAUCUUCAUUUAAAGCCACCAGAAUGAUGAUCAGGCCUGAGUGAAAGUCUCUUUAUUGGGUUUAAGACUUCAGCUGCCAGUGUCCGCUGAUCAAUUUUGUUGUUGCGGUGCAGGCUCAGAUGUUUUGGGAGGCUACUUUUUAUAAUUAAACCAGCUUUAUCGAUUCCUCCAGGCUUUCCAAUUGCUGGCCGCUAAUAAUCAUAUCAUCACCAGUGUUCCUGCUACAUUACAUUGCUGUGUGUGUAUCAUCAUCAUCAAAUAUCAUCAUCAAAACAAAAAUCCUUAACAGAAAUUUGAAUUGUAUGCUAUUGUAGGCACAAGCUAUUUAAAAAUGGUGGGAUACAUAUUUGAUGAAAACCUGCAUCCUGCAGCUGUACCUUGUACUGUACCACAGAAAAUGAUAUGAGAAUAAAUAAAAGUUGCAACUUAAUCAGUCAUGUCUGCUGUCUUAAA